AUGAAUAGUACCCGCAGUGCAACCAAUGUCCUCAUUAAGUUCAAUCCUCUAACUACAAAUAAUGAUACACCAUUGGAAAGAUCACAGUCAAACAGUGUUGCGUGGAUGCAAAGAAAUUCUAAAUUAACUGUAGUUCUUUCUCUUCCAAUUGGGAGAUUUGUCGUUCUCCAUGGAUGCACCUCGCGUCCUCCUCCUUCUUCUCCUCCACCGCCACCUUUGCACAUAGCCAUGUAUCCAUGGUUCGCCAUGGGACACCUCACUCCAUGUCUCCACCUCUCCAACAAGCUAGCAAAGAGAGGCCAUAGAAUCUCCUUCUUCGUCCCAAGAAGAUCAAUCUCAAAGCUUCAACACCUAAACCUUCUCCCACACCUCAUCACCUUCAUCCCCAUCAACGUUCCUCACGUUCACGGCCUUCCUCUUAAUGCAGAAACCACAUCAGACGUUCCCUUUGCUCUAUACACGCAUAUCGCCACCGCCAUGGACCUCACUGAGAAGGACACAGAGCUUCUCCUCAAGGAACUAAACCCACAAAUCAUUCUCUUUGAUUUCCAGCAUUGGCUACCAAAUUUGGCUCGAAGCUUAGGCAUCAAGAGUGUCCAAUACAUGAUAAUUCAUCCAAUUUCGACUGCUUACCUCGGAGAAGGACCAAGAAAGAGAUUAGAAUUAACGGAGGAAGAUCUCAAGAAACCGCCACCAGGGUUUCCUUAUGAUGAUGAUUAUUCCUUCAAGUUUUAUACACAUGAACUCCGGUUCUUAGUUGAAUCAAGGAAAAACAUCGAGUUUGGAAGCGGUGUUCGUUUAUACGAUCGGUUCUACAUCGGUACAAAGCUGGCGGAUGCAGUAGGAUUCAAAGGUUGCAGACAAAUCGAUGGGCUUUAUGCUGAUUACAUUGAAACUGUUUUUGGGAAGCCAUGUUUGCUCUCAGGGCCUCUUUUGCCAGAGCCAUCUGACAUAGAUUUGGACAAAAAAUGGGAAUCAUGGCUUAAUGGAUUCAAACCUGGUUCCGUUGUUUAUUGCGCUUACGGAAGUGAAGCCCCGUUGCAACAAAACCAGUUUCAAGAACUGUUACUUGGUCUUGAACAAACCGGUUUGCCGUUUCUUGCAGCACUUAAGCCACCGGUUGGGUUUGAUUCCAUUGAAGAAGCGUUACCAGAAGGGUUUAAAGAAAGAGUGGAAGAAAGAGGAGUUGUGUACGGUGGAUGGGUUCAGCAACAAUUGGUUUUGGAGCACCCUUCUGUUGGAUGCUUCAUAACACACUGUGGUUCAGCUUCCAUAGCGGAGGCUCUUGUGAACACGUGUCAGAUUGUGCUGUUGCCACGUUUGGGAUCUGAUCAUAUUAUGAAUGCAAGGAUGAUGAGUGGAAAAUUAAAGGUUGGGGUUGAAGUGGAAAAAGGUGAAGAUGAUGGGUUUUUUAGCCGAGAGAGUGUGUACAAAGCUGUUAAGACAGUGAUGGAUGAUGAGAGUGAAGUUGGAAGAAGGGUAAGGGAAAAUCAUACCAAAGUUAGAAACUUUUUACUAAGUGAAAAUUUAGAGUCCUCUUGUGUUGAUAGUUUCUGUCACAGACUUAGAGAUUUACUUUAAAAUCUCACAAAUUAACUUAAAUAAUUUUAGUUUGUGAA